UUCUUAAAUAUUUCUUGAUCAUAUGCUUGAAACCAAAGUGGACCUUUUUUCGGUUUCGCUGGAUAAGUAUUUAGAUUUCGUCGGUUAACUUUCGGAACCAGUGUCCAACUAUCCGGUGCAAAGAGAGUCGCCGGCAUUAAAAGUAAGCGAUAUAUUACACUAUAAAGUUGGCCAAACAAACUUUACCUGUAACAAUCAAGAUGGUGUUUUCAAAUCAACAUUUGCUGGGUGUGACCACAUUCCUGCUGGGUUUUCUAGUAAAAGGCGUGGACUGUUGGACGGAUACCCACAGCUUUGUUGCAGUAGGAAGUGGUACUUCUAUUAUGUUGAUAUACGUCUGCAUAAGAUGCUGUGUAAGGUACUCCACCAUGACGGAGGAACGACGACGACGACCAGCCAGAGAUAUGGUAAUUGUGAGGACAGCCACACAGCACCGCCCCGUUGACACUUCCAGUAACCCGACCGACCCCUACAACGCCGGGUAUGACCAAACUGGUAAAACCUUGAGUAACCCUCCAACUUAUGACCAGAUAGCCAGACCUCCAACUACUGGUAACCCGUCCUCUCCGGAUCCAUAUAACACUGGCUAUGAUCAGAGUCGUUACAUGUAACCAUCACGGAUUUCUAGGAACAUCACCACGGCUGAACCUGUAUAUAUUUAUAUGCAUAUAUCAUUUUGUGAAUUAUAUAUAAUAUGUCUGUACUCUAAACAGAUGAGCUAAUUCGCUCAAAGUAAUAAAGAACUUGAAUCAAAGCUCACAUUCAUGAAAUCAUUCUCAUGCUCAAACAUGUGCUCAACCCAACUUCCUUUAAAUUCGCUUAAAUCAUGAGAUAGAAGUUCAAAAGAAAAACGUAAACACUGAAAAUAAUAUCUCGCUUUCCAAAAUUUCUUCAAAUGACUGAAAAGUUUAAAUUCAUACAGGAAAUUUAUCCUGACCACAGAGUAUGUAUUUGAGUACGAAUACGGCGUCAUGAAUAUGAUUCCUUAAAAACUUACAGAAGACUCAUUCAAUGCUUCAGGCAAAUAUACAGGAUAUACAUUUUAAUUGAGCUGGAUUACAAAACUAACGCACACAUAUUUGUACAUAGCAUGUUACGUUGCUGAGACGGAUUUUCCUAUGUAUAUUUAUCAAAUCAAAUUAUUUAAGGUUGUUCUGAUGAACAUUGAAUGCACGGCAAUGUAUAAUUUAAAAUCUAUGUUGGGUUUUUUUGUUUUGUUUUUUUGAGGGUGAUGUUUUUUGUCAAUUCUAAAUGCACUUGCUAGCUAAUCAGUUACAUUAAUUACUUACUUUAUAUUUAAAGAUGACAUUUUAAACAAAUACUUGAACACAUCGAAUCGACGAAAUUAUAAUUCAAACUUAAGUUCAAUAACACGACGGGAAAAUACGAACCAGAAAGAUCAAAUGUGAGCACAAUUGAUACAUAGUACCAAUUCCAGCGAGCUUCCACUUGGUAUACCCUUGCCUGUAAGAAAAAAAACGUAGGACAAUAAACUGUCUGAACUGGAGUUGAUGCCAGAAUAAAACGCAUUUUAGUAUAUGUUUAUGUGUUUUGUUUCGUGAUUUAUUGAUCAAACAAAGGGUAAGGUAUUUUUACAAUAAACAAAAACAUUGAUAAUGUGCUAUAUUCCGAUUUUAGUAGUUAGUUAAUUACACAUACAAAAUAUCCAGUCUUUCACUUAUGCCGAUUGGUUUAUACAAUCAAAUUUAGAUAUAUAUCAUUGGUGUGAUAUGUCCUGUUGUAAUAACUCUGUGUACGUGCAUAUAUCACAUUGUAAGUUAUAUCUUACCUGUCAAAUGAAACGAUUAAUUGUUCGAUCUAUCAUUGAUUAGGGAAUUCGCAUUCAGAUAGUAUUAUUUUGACCAACAUUGAAACAUCAUUAUAUUGUAAAUGUACAUUUAUCCAAAUAAGAAUGUGUGUUGAUAAUUUGAAACUACUAAAUCGACAAUCAUUUGUGAUUAGGACAUACCAUAUUUUUUAUUGAAUGUUUAUUUCAUUUGCCGACGAUAGGUUUACCGCUAUGUGUAAUCUUAUAAUCUCAUAUACAAUGUAUUAAGGCUGAAACAUAUUAUUACUUAUGAAAAUGUUUCAGUAUCAGAAGAUAAUAUCAUACCUGACAUGUAUUUUCCGUUUAAUCUCUCGUCUAUAGGUUCGUCUUUACCGGCAACCAUCAUUAUUUUUCUUUUCUUUUCUUAAGCGAUUUCAUUGGUUCGUACUUCCUAUGUAUUGCAUGUAGGAAGAUAUGAAAGUAAGUGAGGGUUUUGACCUCACUCAAAUAAAGCAGCGGCAAAGUAUAUCAUAUAGGAUAGUGCAUACCUAGUAGAAAGGAGAAAACAAGUGAUUCAGGUUUUGUAAGCAAAGGAGAAAGUUCGAGGAGCAGUCUAUUUAUGAAAUUAUUUUUAUCUACAAUGUAAUUCAUAUACAAAGUGUCAGCCUAGUAGUCAUAUCUGGAGGACAUUUAAGCUCCGUAUUAGAAGAUAUUAGGAGUUGCUAGGAGGAAUUAUGAGUAACUAGGGGAAAUUAGGAGUCACCUGCAGAAAUACAGAGAAAAUUACUAAUAUGUACUAAAUACGAAACUGAACUCUUUAAUUAUUUUUGAAAUCUACUCAUUUACUAACAUUUUCAAGUAAAGGGAGACAAUUCUUCUGUAAUCCUUCAUUUUGAAAUGAGAGUCGGUAGAUAUCUAGUUUGUACAUUAGUCAAUAAAAUGACACAUUAUCUAGA